AUGGAACAUUUUCUUGCUUUUCUUUGUCUCCUGGGACUUCUUCUACAUGCCUUGGCUCUGUACACUGUCCCAGUUUCAGAGUUUCAUCUGGAAGGAGAUUAUAUGAUAGGUGGACUUUUUGAUAUUCAUCAUGUUAAUUCCCCUGUUUAUCAUGACAAACCAAAAGCCACCGACUGCUCCAGUCAACCCUUCCUUUUCCCAAGUUAUCGGAACUUUCAGUUGAUGAGAUUCUCUGUAGAGGAAAUCAAUAACUCUACCAACCUAUUACCAAAUGUGUCUCUCGGCUAUGAAAUAUUUGACCACUGCUCAGAUACACAGAGUUUUCCUGGAAUUUUAAACCUUGUCUCAGUCAAUGGCUUGAUCCAGCCUUGGAGUGAACUAGACAAGAAUCUGUCCAAGGUGUCCAAAGUGAUAGCAGUGGUCGGUCCUUUUACAAGCACUCAGAGUUUGAGUGCAGCCCCAUUGUUCAUGGUGGAUUUUAUUUCUAUGGUCAGUUAUGGAGCUUCUAGUUCUGUCUUUUCAAGAAAACAAAAUUUUCCCUCUUUCCUACGAACAGUCCAUCCCAAUAAAGAUGUCAUAGAAGUGAUUGUUAACAUUGUGCAGCACUUCAACUGGCGCUGGGUCGCUUUCCUUAACAGUGAUAAUGAUUUUGGCACUGAUGGACGGGAAUUUUUCAAAAAGAGGAUUCAGGAUACAGAUAUUUGCCUAGCGUACACAGAAGAUCUUAAUGAAAAAACAAAUUAUUAUCAAUUGUUCAAACAGAUCGAGGCUCAGAAAGUACGCACCAUUAUUGUUUUUGCUACAAAAGUGAAUGUCGAAGCUCUCAUUGACUCAGCAAUACAACUAAAUAUCACAAACAAGGUAUGGAUAGCAGAUGAUGGAUGGUCCUUAAACAAGAGGCUUCCCAAGGAGAAAGGAAUAAAAAAUAUUGGAACUGUAAUUGGGGUGUCUCAACCACUAGUGACAAUACCUGGUUUUAAUGAUUUCAUCUAUUCUGCCAAAAGCCAGAGGCAUUGUGAAAAUGCAGAACAGCAGAGGUUUUGUGACCAGAUUUGCAACUGCAGUAGCCUGAGUGCAGAAGAUGUCAUUACUGCAGACCCAACUUUCUCUUUUUCUGUUUAUUCUGCUGUAUAUGCCAUAGCUCAUGCCUUACACAAUGCCUUGAAAUGUGGAACUGGCAGCUGUAACAGCAAUAUUACUGUGUACCCACAUAUGGUUCUAGCAGAGCUGAAGAAGUCCAACUUUACACUUUUAAACCAGAGUAUUCAGUUUGAUGAGAAUGGUGAUCCCACCUUUGGAUCCUAUUCUAUAGUUUUCUGGAACCACAGUGGUGAUGCAGAGGAGGUUGGCUUUUAUCAUUUUCACCCAUCAGUCAAUUUCUACAUCAACAACAGCAAAAUUCAGUGGUACACAAUAGGAGAGGUGCCUACUUCACUGUGUUCCCCAGAGUGUCCAGCAGGACAUGCAAAAAACCAUAUUGGAAUCCAUAAAUGCUGCUUCAAUUGUGAAAUCUGUCCAAAUGGAACAUAUGUCAACAGCACAGAGGAUCCCUACAAGUGCAUCAACUGUAAGAAAACAGAGUGGUCUGCAGUAGGAAGUACAUCAUGUAAACUACGGGUGGUGGAGUACAUCCCAUUCACAGACAGCGGAGCUAUACUGAUCAUGGUUGGGGCCUGGGCUUUGGUGGGACUCACACUAAUCACGUCUGUUCUCUUUGCCAUCAACUACAACACACCUGUUGUCAGAUCUGCUGGGGGACCAAUGUGCUUCCUAAUUUUAGGCUGCCUCAGUCUGAGUAGUCUGAGUGUGUUCUUUUACUUUGACAAGCCAACAGUUUCCUUUUGUAUCUUAAGGUUCUUGCCAUUUGUUUUGUUCUACACUGUGUGUGUCACAUGUUUUGUUGUUCGCUCUUUUCAAAUUGUUUGCAUUUUCAAAAUAGCUGCCAAGUUCCCCGGGCUCCACAGUUGGUGGUUGAAAUAUCACGGCCAGUGGCUGGUCAUCACUGUUGCAUUUGUUACUCAGGCACUUUUACUUGUUAUUGGUUAUUCUUAUGACCCACCCAAGCUCUACAAUGAAACAGUUUGGUACCCAGACAAAAUCAUACUUGGUUGUGACAUUAAUCUUAAAGCAACCUCUACUUCGAUGGUUUUUCUUGCGUCUUUGUGUACCCUUUGCUUCAUUUUCUCCUACAUGGGAAAAGACCUCCCAAAAAAUUACAAUGAGGCCAAAACAAUCACCUUCUGUCUGCUCCUGCUGAUCCUCACCUGGAUCAUGUUUGCCACUGUAUAUGCACUUUACCAUGGAAAGCACAUCCAAACUCUUAACGCUCUGGCAGUACUCUCCAGUCUCUACUCCUUUCUGUUGUGGUAUUUCCUCCCAAAAUGUUACAUCAUCAUUUUUCAACCCCACAAAAACACACAGCAGUACUUCCAAGGUCUCAUUCAGAAUUAUACCAAAACAAUUAGCCAAUAGCUGCCUUCAGAAAAUAUACUCUACUGACAGAAGAACUGUUGUGCUUUAGGCCCUCUGAAUAUCUACAAUGCAAUUCUAUACACAAAGUAGUUUGAAUUUUUGUCACUUUUGUCCUUUUCUUCCUCAAGAUAUAAAUCUGAAGCAUGUUUUUGACUGUUGCUAUAUAUUUUCUAAGUUAUACAUCAAUAAGCAAUAAUAAGCAACAAUAACACGAUCUUGUACACAAUAACAAACAUUCUAGUAAGCACAUGUUCUGAAAUGUCAAAAAUGGAUGUCCAAAGUCUCCUGAAACAGGGAACUGCCAAGUAUUUUACCAAAUUAAUAAUCAAACAGAUAUAGAUAAAGCUGAUACACUAUAGUGGAUACACUUGCAUGUGUCCUCAUGCCAAAACUUUCAGACCUUAAUAGACUGAAUCAUUCAUGUAAAUUCUUGGUGAGAAAAAUAAAUCUCUGCACUCCUGCACCGUUACUUGAAAGUUCUACAUUACUGAACUACUUCAUCGGUUCACGAAUAACUAAACCCGAGACAACCCGUGCUUGUAAAUUUGUUGGCGUAUGGAUAAACUUUUUUAAACUGUAAGAUUA